AGAGUAAGAAUUAAAUGAAACCAACAAAAGUACGCGUUGCGUCGAUAAAAUCACUUUCUCGAGAAUCGUGCACCAUUUGAAACGAAUAUUUUCACCUUUCAUCAGUCUAUUUCGUUUUAACUUCCAAAAAAAAAUGAUCAACGACGAAGAGAAGCUACGAAUGCUGUUAAAGACCUGGAAGGCGAGUGACCUGUUCGAGAGUCUAAAAAGUUGUGGCAUCACGUAUGACCACCUACAAUAUUUGGAAGACGGGGACUAUUACCUAAUCAUCAGAGAUCAGCUGUUUCUUCUGGGACAAUUGGCAUGCUUUCGUCACUAUCAUCGGCAGUGGAAAAAGGAUCUGCCUUACCUUGCCUAAAGAAAGAAUACCCCGAUGGCAUUGUGUGUGUUUGCACAGAGGAGUACUGUGAUACUUUGGAAAAUGUCGACCUAAUAGAAAAAGACGACAUAGUCUUGGUGUCCACAAGUAUGGCUGGUCUACGUUUCGAAGUGACUCACAGUAAGCAUGGACGUCGAAACAGCUUUAUUGCAAAUUCGACAAAGUACGGAAUCAAUAUCAUGAGUAAGGGCGAUGCACUCCAUCCAGAUGAAUCAACAGACAAUUUAUCUAACCUACUCUGCAUGAACAUUGAUGUAACCGUCAAUCGGAGUAUAACUUAUCAAACAAAUGUUGGAUUUGGCGGUGCAUUUACCGGUGCUGUGUCGCAUGUCAUGGAAACGAUACCAAAGAAGUUGCAGAAUCAUGUUUACAGAUCAUACUUUUCGAAGACUGAAGGCAUCGGAUAUACCAUGAUUAGGAUGCCGAUCGGUGGUUCGGAUUUUGAUUUUGUGCCUUGGGCCCACCAAGAAUCGCCAGUGCACGACGCAAGUUUGUCCAAUUUUCUAUCGCUCGACAAACGGGAUUUCAAGCGGAUAUCACAGCUGUCCGAUUUAAAAUCUGCCGCUGGAAUCGAUGAAAUCAAAUUCAUCGGUGCAGCCUGGUCUCCUCCACCAUGGAUGAAAACCAAUAACGAUUGGACUGGACUGAGUACCUUGAAACCGGAGUAUUACCGCACCUGGGCGCAGUACCAUUUGAAAUUUUUAGAACUGAUGGCUGACAGAGGUAUACACUUCUGGGCAUUUUCAACGGGCAACGAACCUCUUAAUGGAUUGGUUGGCUGGUUCUUUAUACACUUUAUGAGCUUAGGUUGGACGGCCAGCGAACAAGCAAUAUGGGUGGGAGAGCAUCUGGGACCAUUACUCAGAAACUCAUCGUUUAAAGAUGUCAAACUGCUGGGAGGCGAUGACCAGCGUUUCGUGAUGCCAUACUGGUUCGAACAGAUGAAUGCGUCUCAUAAGGACGCGCUGAGAUAUCUUGAUGGAUUUGCCGUGCAUUGGUACUGGAACGAUGUUACACCAGUUGUACUUUUGGACGAUACACAUCGACUAUUUCCGGAUAAAUUUAUUUUGAACACCGAAUCCUGCAUAGUUGAUAAGCUUGUAGGUGUUUUUCCAAUGACAUUCCAUGGACCGCUAUUAGGAUCGUGGGAGAGAGCAGAACAAUACGCUCAGUCUUACAUCGAGGAUUUCACUCAUUGGGUUGUCGGAUGGGUCGACUGGAAUAUUGUUCUCGAUGAGGCCGGUGGUCCGAACUAUGUUAAUGGCACUGUCGACGCUCCGAUUAUCGUUAAUACGACAGCCAAAAACGAAUUCUACAAACAGCCCAUGUUUUACGCAAUCGGCCAUUUUUCACGGUUUAUCGUGGAAAAUUCCACCCGCAUCAAAGUUCACAGUUCAAACGAUUGUGUGUUAACGGUAGGAUAUCAACGGCCGGAUAAAUCAAUUGUGAUCGUUCUUUUCAACAAAGACUCGCAGAAGACAAACAUCAAAUUGAGAGAUGGUAACACUAAAAUUCGGUUGACUGUACCGCCACGGUCGAUUCACACACUGGUCUACUAUUAAUUGUGGAUGUAAGGCGGAUGCAGACGAUGAAUUCAAAUAAAAAUUUCUUUCAAUUUUUCAA